AUGGCCGAAGGGUUCUGCUUUGCCGAAAAGAAACCUCCUCGCCCUGGACAGUUCUCGCGGAAACCUAAACCUGUGCAGCCUCAAGCAGCUGGUAAUUCCCAAUUCUUUCCUAUGCCAACAAACAUUCCUGCUGAACACUCUCCACUCAGUCCACUACGCGCUCCUGUCCAGAUCCAUAGGCCUGCAGCACCUUUAGAUCUCCCUGAGCUUGGUCUAACAGGGGGCAAAGUUCCCUCUGAGAGAUCCUCUCAUUUUUACGAUGAAAACCUCACAGAAAUUGGAUCUCUCUUUGAUGCUUCUCGCUUCGGUAAAGAGGCUACCAAAGCUCAAAUUUCUCAACAGGUGGAAAAACAAACGAAGAUUUCUCUGCCUCACAUCAAAGGCCAUGGGCACCGGCUAGAAGAUCUAAAACUUCCCCUUCCACAUAUUACGCGUGUUGACCGAGUCUCGCAUCAAGCGCCCUCCUCCAGUGUUUGUGGUGACCUGGAGACCCCUGUUCCCCGGACUCCCAUGACCACUACAAAGUCUCGAAAUCGUGUAUCCCGUGGUCACUGGGCGACUCAGCCCCCAUCGGCAUCUAAAUACCAUAGAGUGUCCGACAGGAACAAUGAUCGCCCGGCUUCCAGGAGCAGCAAUAUCUUCAGAAAACGCUCUGCUAAACAGAGAGUCUAUCCUCGACCAACGUUUGAGCCUGACCGAAAGAAAAUUGCAAUGCAGAACGUGGCUGAAUACUGGAAUGAGUGUAUACAGAUCGCCGAAGCUGAGCGUCAGGAGGCCCUUCAAGAGAUUACACUUCUUGAGGACAAGUCUCUGCAACUCAUAUGGGAAAAAGAUUCCGCGAUUGGAGAUUCGAAGAGUCGCCUUGAUAAGUUACAAGAAGAAGGAUCUCUGGCGGAAAAGGAAACUCAAAUAUUACAGUGUAAGAUUGAGUCUCUUCGCUCCGACUUAAUCAAAUCUCGAGAUCGCGAGGCAGCCACUCAUGAAAAGUAUCGCAAACACCGGGCAAAGCUUAAUGAAGCUAUCAAAGAACAGCAGGAUCUCUUCUCACGGGCUCGUGGUCUUCACAAAGAAGCGAACGAUGAGCUGCAAAAGGAGAGAGACAGGCGCGAGAAAGAGGCCAAAGCAGUUGAGCUAGCACUGGAGGACAGUCACAGGAAGCGCGAAGAACUCAAAUCUUGCAUUGAAAAGUAUCGAUCUGAGUCUGAGCAAGAAGCACAGAAACAAAACCACACAAUUUCCGAGCUGCAACUGAGGCUUGAAAAUCAGGAGAAGGAAAUAAAUCGACAAAGGGAAGCAGCGACUGAACUUCAGAACCGUCUGAAAACGGAAUCAAGCUUGCUGGAUGAGGUGAAAACGUUCCGUUCUGAUAUGUCCUCACUAAAGGAAAGCAACGAGAAGUACAAUGAGUGGAGUGAGAAACAGGGAAGGCUAACAGACACCCUUUUGGAGAAACUCGAGCUGAUGAACAAUCAUUUGGAGUCGCGCAGUGAUGGUCAACUGACUAAUGAAGAGGUCAAGAUGAUGGCGGAUAGGUUAGAAACGAACAUUGUCUCCUGUUUGAUGUCUGAGAUACAGAAGAUUAUCUCGUCUCAAAGCGAUGCAAAACAGUCAGCCGGAUCUCUUCAAGACACCAUCCAGAAGCACUUCGAGAAGCUGCAUAACAACAUAGCCGAUCAGCAGGAGACUCAAUCGAAAGGCCAGAAGUGGCAUGAGAAAACACACCAAGCUCUUGUUGAGCAUCUAGGCGACAUUUCUGCCAAAACUCUCGCGACCCAGAAGACCUGCGACGAAACAAAUAAAAACCUAGCCAGACUUGCUACUGGUCAUUCAGUUUGGCAAGAAAAUCUCCCAACUCAUCUUGGUGAUGAGAUCGCAAAACAGCUUCAAGACCGCGAAUCAAAGAUCGGGGAACUGGAGGAAACCCUGCAGCAGAUCUCUCAAGAAUGGACUAAGAAGCUCGAUCUCAUGAAAACUUCCAUGCAUGAGAACGACGAACAGGGCAAGGAAUACUUGCAGGCAACUAUUUGUGAGAUCAAAACUACACUCACGAAACAGCUUGAACAGGAAAGGGUUGCUUCGGAGAAAGACAUUUCCAAGUCUGAAACCAUGCACGCCACAGUAGCGGCACAUCUUCAACAAGUCAAGAUGCAACUCGAAGGAAUGUCAUCGAGUGGUCCAGAGUCUCAGUUGUUGCGCGAGACGUUGGCUGAAGAACGUAAGAAAACUCACGACCUACAAAAUCAGCUUACUACUCUGGAGGGCAACUCAGGUGUAAAUGGAGAACUAUUCCAGAGACAACUCCAAGAUCUCAAAGCAAUCGAUGCUUUGAAGAACCAGCUAGAAGGGAUGACCGAGCGGGUUCCUCGGGUUGAAAGUCUAAACACGACAUUCAACAAAAUGGUUGAUCUCAAUCAGGUAAUGCAGUCUACCGCUUUAUACCUGAGCAAAGAACGCCAUUGGGUCAAUGAGCAACUGGGUAUCACAUCGCAACCUGUCGGCGCCCAUGCACCACGGCAGAGAGAGACUGGAACUCAGUCGGCUUGCUUUGAUGAGCAACGCUCGGAAGAGUCUAACUCGUGUGUUCAAGAGAAGAGUGCUGACACGAAGGGAUCAGCAAGUCUAAGUGACCUCACUACUCUUGAUUUACAUUGCCAGGGAGAAAGAUAUCGUCGUAAAGUCGUCGUAGCCAGCCCGGCAUUGGAAGCAUCUUCACCGGCGACCGCCCCGUCGGUAACACAAGAGCAAGCAAGGCGCCGAGAAGGCUCCAAUCCUCGAUCUAUCCUACGGCUUUCGACUGCCUCGACGCAGGAAACCGAGCCUGUCAGGCCACCUGUAAAUCAUAGUCAAUACAACAGGCCUGUGAUGGCUAAAGUCAAUUCGGCUACAGGCUGUAGCAACCCCGAGAUGGUUGAACAGAUUCUGUCGGGUUUAAUUCAGUCAAAACCUGCACAUCUUAACUGGGACUUCCCUACUAUGGAGGAUUUUGUCAAAGAAAUUCUGCCAGAUGGCAAGGAUGACGGUAGUAUCGGGAAAAAGCACAGUAUCUCCUUUGUGGAUGAGGAAGAGGAUAUCACCUAUCCCGUUAAACGAGUCAAGUUGGACGAAGCGCCAGCCGACUCGCAACCCGAGAGUACAGAAAAGUACAGACAGACCUUUGUUGCUUCGAACACGCCAUGUGAUCCGAAAGACGUACUCGAAGCAGUCUAACUAAUAUGCUCACAAACGCAAAGACUGCAGGGUAAUCAUCAUGAUGUAGUAACAUCAUAGGCCUGGGGACUGCGCAGGUUCACCAAUCACUAGACCUAUCAAUUCUGAGGGAGCAUGGGCGACCAAAACUUGAAGGCUCAACUUUG